AUGGCGUCCGGCAAAGCUUCACAGCAGAGGCAUCAGCAGAAUGCCCUGGCGCAGCGCAACUAUCGCGCACGGCAGAGAGAGAGGAGAAGGAUAUUAGAAAAUCUAGCCAUCUCUAGCCUGAGAUUGCCAGCUCCCCUGGUCUACCCACAGCCGCCUUCUCCAUGGAAUCAUCGAGAACAGGCUGACAGACCUGCUCAGCAGACGACAUGCACCGUCUCUGCUGCCCAUGUCGAUAUUACUCUUGGCCAUCUGAACAUCGGGCCGGGCUUUACCGCCUCGGAUUUCUUUUCCUGCAUCGGAUCGUACCCCGAGCGGGAACGUCACAACUUUUUCAUGCUGAUGACCAAAGAGUUGUUUGGCGUUCGGGACAUUAUCAAGUACGGGCUUAUCUUCUUAGGGUAUCCUGUGAGUUCUUCACUUUACAACAACGCCAUGCUUGUUUCAAUGGGCCAAUGGCUGGAAGAUAUUCAACAAAGCCUGGGAUACGUUGAUUUUACAGCAGCAAUUCAAGCCGGCAUCAGCGUUUUUGGAAAGUUGAACGUGCCCUCGGAACAUAAUUCUAGGAUUCACGAGAUCGUUGCAUCCCCUCUAUGCCGGGGUCGUAUUGACGUGGUCACUGAUUGCAUCCUACUAUCAAGAGUCUCUUUUGUGUCGGCUGUCUUCAUGAACGCAUUGCACCUGGGCAUAUCAUGGCACGAUCUCAUCACUUUUACAUCGGAAUCUCCUUUUUUUCGCCUGGGAAAGCAGCUCAUGUUGAGGAACGGCUUCGAGAAAGAUGCACCGGUCCUGGAAAUAGCCGAUCAAGCUGCACAAAUACGACUGAACUUUGGAGACUAUUUCAAGGGAAUACCGCCUGACCUCGUACCCACAGACGUGCAGCUCACCGUGCCACACCACCCGACAUUAGACACGAUCCCAUGGCCAGGUUUCCGCUCCAAGGUAAUUGCUGCGGUACACUCAGAUCCCCCGCUAAUUGACAGAGAAGAUUUCUGUCUCGACUUAUUGAAUGAUGGGCUCCGUUGUUGGGGCGUUGCCAAUGGCGAAUCUUUGCCCUCAGCAGCACCUUGGGAUGCUCGGAACUGGGAAGCUGCCCCGUGGUUUCUCGAGAAAUGGGAACAUGUCAUCGGUGGGAGAGAUGGGGAGGAGUGGAAGAUGAGUGCUUGGUGGUGGUCUAUGUGUGCUAGAGUAAAUGGAUAA